CACACAACCUUUAAUACUGUUGCUUCGGUUUUCUCUUAUUUUAUUUGUGUUUUCUAUCAUAAACAAUGAAAACUGUCUCACUUAUUGUUAUAAUUUAUCUUCUACAAUAUGCACAUUCAGAACCCGUAAGUGAACCCGAUCCGUUGAAAAUAAGCGAAAUCCCAUUUGUUUCAACUCCCUGCGACGACAUCACAAGCAUAUCGACGGUUGCGUACAACAAAAAAAAUCCUGAAGGCGUGAAGAAUGUCAAGGAAAAGGACACUUGCGGUUAUAUUGCUAAUAAUAAAGAGAAAAUUGCCUUUGUCACUCAUGGUUUUACCUCAUCCCCAAACGCUAAUUAUAUUCACGAAUUGGCUUCGCAGCUCGCACAGGAUGAUUAUACAGUGUUUUCAGUAAACUGGUCUCAAGGAUCAUGCGAUAAAACUCUUUCAUAUUUAUUAUAUUGGCCAGCAUAUGCUAAAGCAUCGAAAAACACUCGCAAAGCAGGAGAAUUCUUGGCAAACUAUAUCCAACAUAUAACUGAAACGUGCAAAGUGCCACUGAACAAUAUAGUUCUUAUUGGCCAUAGUCUCGGUGCACAUGUAAGUGGCUUUGCUGCAAAAAUUGUCAAGUCACGUAAGAUCGGAACAGUGUCACGUAUUUUCGGCGCUGAUCCCGCGGGACCAAACUUUGCGUCUGAAAGUUGCGACAAAAGACUUUGCAAUACAGAUGCCGAGCGCGUAAUUGCUCUUCACACAACUACGCUUUUGGGAAUAAAUGAACCCAUAGGUCACCUCAAUUUGUAUUUCAAUGACGGAUCGAAACAACCAGGAUGUGAGGAUGACAUAGCUAGUGCGUGCUCACAUGCCAACGCCAUUAGAUAUUUGACUGUAAUGUAUGCUUUUGACAGAAGCAAGUGCGUAUUUCCUGGUGUUCCUCAAUUAAAGAAGUUUGAUAAAAAAAUGCGUCCUAAUGGUUCGACAACUAAUUGCAUAGUUGUCGACAGAGCAGUGUUCAACCAGAACAAAAUCUCGCCGGGAUCAUAUACUUUAUUUGUUAACGAAAAACCUCAGAUCUUCUGUUCACAAAACACAUUCCCUAGGUGUCAACAAUAGAACAGUUUGUUGUUAUUAUUUUGUUACAAUCUCUUAUGACAUUUUUUGUCAUAUACAUGGUAAAAUUUGUUAUAGCAAAACAAUUUGUAUCUUGCUAUUAGCAAUAAAUUGAUUUAUCUCGAC